UUCCCAUCAAGACUCUUUGUACAGAAACAAAGAAAACCCUUCCCUGUGUCUUCCAUUUCUUCUACUGGAAACUCUUUUCUACGUGACCCUGACAUACGCCCGGGCUUGUUCAGGCUUGUCUUCCGCCCAAAUCGCAGCACAGCCCCCACUCCGAGGGGAGAAUUAUCCCAGACGGACUACGACACACCUGAGGCCAUAAACAGCCCCGGGAAGUGGCCGAACCCUCUUGGCUGCCGGGGAACAGAUGGAGCCGGGCUCGACGGUGGCAUCUGGGACGUUCACGGCCAGGGAGAGCUGUCUGAGACCCCGGUGCAGGUAAAAGGCUUGGGGUCGGGAGGGCUGCGAGCAGCUUUUGGGGGAGAUAGGCUUGAGAUGGGGCCACGAGUCCCUCCCUGUGGGGACAGAGAGUGGAUUGGGAUGGCCUUGACCCACCCCCCACCCAUUUCCCCAUGCCGCUGCCCCACCUCCGGAGCUGGGGGUCCCCAGAAACACUCCAGCCAGGCACCUCUUUCCCGUCAGCUGCAAACCAAGGACUCCUUGCUCUCUCCAUGGCUCCACAGGGAGCCAGGGGCUGCCCCAGCCCUCAGCACCCCUGGCUUGCCCUGAGGAGAGCCCCCAGGCCAGCCCAGUCCUAAGCUUUAUUUUGCUUUGCAAUUAACCAGGAGAGAAGGCUGGAUGGGGCUGGGAGAGCAUUGGCUCCCCCCGGGCUCUGCCCUUGGCAGGGGCUCCUGAGCCCAGACACCAGGUGGGGCUUUUGCAAGUUAUGGCCCCACCCAGACAAAGCUGGUACCCAGAGGGGUGUCAGGGUGGCUGGUGGAGCAAGGUUGAAGUGGGGUCUGACCCCAACCAUGCGGCUCCUCUGGCCAACAGGAAUUUUGCCCGUGGAUCCUGUCGAUGGGGCCGGAGCUGCCGCUUCUUACAUGACAGAAACUCAGCUCAGAUCUGCAGGUACUUCCAGAGUGGGUUUUGCAGCUACGGAGAGCAGUGCAGCUACCAGCACAUCCAGGAGGAGCUGGUGCCAUCCCGCCAUGGCCUGGAUCCCUCCAUGCCCCCCUGCCACUGGGGCCCAGAGCCUGGCACUGUGCCCACGGCCACGGCCCAGGGCUGGGUGGGACCCCAGCACACCUCGGACUACCCUGCCCCCAGCACGACACAUGUGGCCUUCAAGUUCCCAAACAUGGAGGCUGAGGUGGAACAGAAAGACGAGAAGAAUGUCACAGCACCUGAUAACAUCAGUGGAGAAUUUGUCCCCACACAUGCUCAGUGUGCCUCAGGCUCCCAGCUACAAGGGCUGGCACUGGAUGCAGACUCCUCUGACCCCAGAGAGACAGUGGUGGAGAUGGUGACGGGGACUGACCCUGCAGAGGUGGGUUUGGGGGUGUCCUGUGGCCGGGCACUCCCCAAGGCCAGGGCAUUGAUGGAGCUGGGGGGUUGCCAUGCUUUGCUUCUCUGCGUGCAGGUCUCUAUGGAUCUGGGUGCUGCGGCAGCCCCAGUCCCCACCGAGGCACUGAGAGCCCAGAGUGAGGCCGUGGUGUGUGGCAUCUGCAUGGACAGGGUGUACGAGAAGCCGCUGCCGGAAGAGCGGCUCUUUGGGAUCCUCCCGAACUGCAGCCACGCGUACUGCGUGGGAUGCAUCCGCAAGUGGCGCCGCAGCCGGGACUUCCAGAGCACAGUCAUAAAGGCCUGCCCAGAGUGCCGGAUCACUUCCAGUUACUAUAUUCCCCACAAAUACUGGAUCUCGGAUGUGGGUGAGAAGGAGAAGCUCAUCAGAACCUUCAAGGCGCGGACGGGGAAAAUCAGAUGUAAAUUCUUUGUUCGAAACCGUGGCCACUGCCCAUUCAGGUCUGACUGCAUCUACCUGCACGAGCUGCCCACCAGCCGCCUGCCACGGCGCAGACAGCAGCGGCUGAGGAUGCCCACUGAGUUCAACCCUUCUUCCUCGGAGAGCUCUGGUGAGGAGGAUGAAGAGCUCUGCGUGCUCGAGUGGGCUCUCACCCUGACUGUGCUGGAGACAGAAUUUCACUACUCAAGUUAUGGCCACGAGAUGCUUCUCAUUGACUUCAGCAACUCGGACUGAGCCGUGGGGGGUCACACUGGGCCUAGGUGAUGCUGGUGGCAUCUCUGGGAGGGGGAAUCAUCUGCUUUUGACUUCCACCGUUGUUUUGGAGUGGCUCUGGGCAUAGGCAGUGUUGCAGGGAGGGGGUGGGAUGGGGAAGCGGUCUGGCUGCCAUUUAUCGGGGCGCCGGGAGUGACUCAGGGCGGUGGGGCACAGUCCCCAUGCUCUUGUCCUCGCCCCCUCAAUGGGAGACCCGCGGGUGCCGGGCGGGGGGCUGGGCUGGGUGCUGGGGGUUUAACGUGGGGAUUUAAGGCCCGCGGGCACUAUUUUAAACUGGUUUUAGCCAAAUCCGGGAAUUACGAAAUAAAACGCGUACGUAACAUCACGGUACCGGGGGUCUCUGUCCGGGGGCUGGCUGGCUCCGCCCCCAGGGGGCGGGGCGGUUUUUGGGAUUAGGGGAUAUUUGCAUAAUGACUCGUUUGCGCGCCCUUGAUCCGCGUUUC